AUGGAGCCCCGGGCGGCCGCGGCGGGCUCGCCCGAGCCGGCGGCGGCGGCGUCCUCCUCGUUCCAGGCCCGGCUCUGGAAGAACCUGCAGCUGGGGGUGGGCAAGAGCAAGGGCGGAGGGGGCGCGCGUGCGGGGGGCCCCGAGCGCCGCACUGCGGACACCCCGUCGCCCUCCCCGCCGCCCCCGGGGGGCCGGCGGGAUGCCCCGGCCGGCUUGGGUGGCACGGGCAGCCGGUGGAGCGGCUUCAAGAAACGGAAGCAAGUGCUGGACCGCGUCUUCUCCUCCUCGCAGCCCAACCUGUGCUGCUCGUCGCCGGAGCCUCUGGAGCCCGGCAGCGCCGGCCGGGCCGAACCGGGGUCCACACUGCGCCGCCGGAUCCGCGGGCAUCUGCUUCCCGCGGGGAAGGGGCCGGGGGCCGCCGCCGCCGGAGCGACACCUCCCGGCGGACGCUCCCCGGACUCGGCUCCCUCUUCGUCCUCCGCCUCAUCCUCGCUGUCCUCCUCGCCCCAGCCGCCCCCGAGGGGGGACCGCGCCCGGGAUGAGGGCGCGCGGCGUCGGGGCACCGCGGCGCACUUGUGCCAUCAGAAGAGUUCCUCGCUGCCGGGCACCGCCUGCUUGGAGCAGCUGCUGGAGCCGCCACCGCCGCCUCGCGCUGAGCCAGCCCCGAGCCCAGCGGAGCCGCGGACCUCGGAUAAGGGCCCGGAGCUCGGCAGCAGCGGGAAAAUAAAUACUGCUGGAACCAGUAAUGCAGAUAUCCCUUUGGCUGAGCCCGGAAUGUACCAAUUGGACAUCACAUUGAGAAGGGGUCAAAGUUUAGCUGCCCGAGAUCGAGGAGGGACAAGUGAUCCAUACGUGAAGUUUAAAAUUGGAAGGAAAGAAGUUUUUAGAAGUAAAAUAAUACACAAGAACCUCAAUCCUGUGUGGGAGGAGAAAGCUUGCCUUCUUGUUGAUCAUCUUAGGGAGCCAUUAUAUAUAAAGGUGUUUGACUAUGACUUUGGACUGCAGGAUGACUUUAUGGGCUCAGCCUUUCUGGAUCUCACACAAUUGGAGUUAAACAGGCCCACGGAUGUGACCUUAACACUGAAAGAUCCCCAUUAUCCUGACCAUGAUCUUGGAAUCAUUUUGCUCUCAGUCGUCCUUACCCCUAAAGAAGGAGAACAUGUGACAAUGCUAAUGAGGAAGAGUUGGAAAAGAUCAAGUAAGGAACUCUCAGAAAAAGAAGUGCUUGGAUCUUAUUUCUCUGUGAAGUCUUUCUUUUGGAGGACAUGCGGCAGGCCUGCUCUUCCUGUCCUGGCCUUCUGGAGAGCAGAGCUUCAGAGUGCUCAUUACCAAAAUGCACAAUUUCAGACUCAAAGUUUACGCCUGUCAGAUGUACACAGAAAGUCACACCUUUGGAGAGGAAUCGUCAGCAUCACAUUGAUUGAAGGGCGAGACCUUAAGGCGAUGGAUUCAAAUGGAUUGAGUGACCCCUAUGUGAAGUUCCGACUUGGGCAUCAAAAGUACAAGAGCAAGAUUAUGCCAAAAACAUUGAAUCCUCAGUGGAGGGAACAAUUUGAUUUUCAUCUCUAUGAAGAAAGAGGCGGGAUCAUUGAUAUCACUGCCUGGGACAAAGACGCUGGGAAAAGGGACGACUUUAUUGGCAGGUGCCAGAUUGACCUGUCGGCUCUCAGUAGGGAGCAGACACACAAGCUGGAGCUGCAGCUGCAAGAAGGGGAGGGGCACUUGGUACUGCUGGUCACCCUGACAGCUUCGGCCACAGUCAGCAUCUCUGACCUCUCCAUCAACUCCCUGGAGGACCAGAAAGAGCGCGAGGAAAUAUUGAAGCGAUAUAGCCCGUUGCGGAUAUUUCACAACCUGAAAGAUGUGGGCUUCCUCCAAGUGAAAGUGAUCAGAGCAGAAGGGUUAAUGGCUGCUGAUGUCACAGGUAAAAGUGACCCAUUUUGUGUGGUUGAGCUGAACAACGAUAGGCUGCUAACACAUACUGUCUACAAAAAUCUCAACCCUGAGUGGAACAAAGUCUUCACAUUCAACAUUAAAGAUAUCCAUUCAGUUCUUGAAGUGACCGUGUAUGAUGAAGAUCGGGAUCGAAGUGCUGACUUUCUGGGCAAAGUUGCUAUCCCCUUGCUGUCCAUUCAAAAUGGUGAACAGAAAGCCUACGUCUUGAAAAACAAGCAGCUGACAGGGCCAACAAAGGGGGUCAUCUAUCUUGAAAUAGAUGUGAUUUUUAAUGCUGUGAAAGCCAGCUUACGAACAUUAAUACCCAAAGAACAGAAGUACAUUGAAGAGGAAAACAGACUCUCUAAACAGCUGCUGCUAAGGAACUUUAUCAGAACGAAGCGCUGUGUCAUGGUGCUCGUAAAUGCUGCAUACUACGUUAAUAGUUGCUUUGACUGGGAUUCACCCCCAAGGAGCCUUGCCGCUUUUGUGCUCUUUCUCUUUGUUGUCUGGAACUUUGAGCUCUACAUGAUACCACUGGUUUUGUUGUUACUACUGACUUGGAACUACUUCUUGAUAAUAUCAGGGAAAGAUAACAGGCAACGUGAUACAGUAGUGGAGGACAUGCUAGAGGACGAGGAAGAAGAAGAUGACAAAGAUGACAAGGACAGUGAAAAAAAGGGAUUUAUAAAUAAAAUUUAUGCCAUCCAGGAGGUAUGUAUCAGUGUCCAGAACAUCCUAGAUGAAGUGGCUUCCUUUGGCGAAAGGAUAAAAAAUACUUUCAACUGGACCGUCCCAUUCUUAAGCUGGCUGGCCAUCGUGGCCCUCUGUGCGUUCACAGCCAUCCUGUACUUCAUUCCGCUGAGAUACAUUGUCCUUGUCUGGGGAAUCAAUAAAUUUACAAAAAAGCUUCGGAAUCCGUAUGCAAUUGAUAACAAUGAACUACUCGAUUUCCUUUCCAGAGUCCCUUCAGAUGUGCAAGUGGUGCAAUACCAAGAACUGAAACCAGAUCCUUCUCAUAGCCCAUGUAAAAGGAAGAAAAACAAUCUUGGCUAG